AUGACUGAUAUGAAUGAAAAGAUAAAGAGUGCUUCACAACUGGGAGAAGGAGACAUCAGUGAGCAAGAGCCACAGAAGUUAAUAUAUUUUAAUUACAAUGAAUAUGUGGCUAUUGGAACUAAAGGCAUGGGGAACGAUGAAGAAAUAUCAUUAGUAAUUAAUCAUUUUCCUAAUAUUUAUGAAGAUAUUAAAUCUAGUAUUUAUAAACAAACUAGAAUAAUUAGAAUUCCUAGGAUUUAUGAUACUUUAGAUUAUCCUGAUUUAAUUCCCCAAUUUUCAAAAUUUUAUCCUGGUGAUGAAUCAGGUGCAAUAACUUCGGACGAAUAUAUUAGUGGAGAAUAUGAUGAUGGAGAAAUAUUCAAUGAAAGUUCAAAGAUACAAGGAUUAGAAGAUAUUAUUAGUAAAGAAAAACUUGAAAAGAUUGUUGAUCAUGUUAAUUUAAUGUUGCAAUUAGCCUUUAAUCCGUAUAAUAAAUGGACAUUGCUAGAGAAUGUACUUGAGCUAUUAACUGGUGGAUUGUUCCUACAGAUCUUAAACUUAAUUGGUAUUUAUUCUUAUACUAGAAGAAAAGUUCAACAAUUGGAAGAUUACAUUGAUGGAAUUAAUCAAGAGAAUCUCAAAAAGAAUAUUGAUUAUAAGGUUAUAUCUCCAAGAGUCAGUGGUUAUCUAACAGUAUGUAUCAUCUAA